UUAAAAAGCGCGCUGAGGUUGCGUCAGUCAGUCUGCGCAUGCGCUCACAAUAGUGGACAAAUGAAGCUAUGCUUCUCUCUUUCUUACUUGCAUUGUAAGACAGAGUGAAAAACAAGACAGUUGCGAUCACGCCACGCGAAGAAUCCAUUGGUGUCUCCAUUUUAAUAGAAUUCGGUGAUAUUUUUUUUUAUUUUCUGGUUCUACUGUGAUUACUAGAGUGGUUUUUUUCGAAGAAACUUAAAAGUUCUUAGUGCUUAGAAGUUAUAAGUGAUGAGUGAGGAGGUAGGCGAGAAUUCUGGGAGUGUGGAGAACACCGAAACUGAAAAUUUGUUCUCGGAAUGGAAAAUUUCUGAGGAUGGAAAAGUACGUCUACGGCAUUGUGGAGUGAUAAAUCUAGCACAUUUGGCAUCUAUGACUGCAGAGUCAAUUUCCAAAAUCUUUGCGGAUGAUUGCUUCAUCGGAGACAGUAUCAUCUUUCGCCAAAAUUUGAAGAAUUGGCAAAAGGAAAACAAGGAAAAGUUACCAGCAAAUGAUGACGAAGGUGAAGAAGUGAUGGAUGUUGGAAUGUCCCUUCGAAAACCACAGUCUCUCGAAAAUCUUCUCCAAGAAAGCUUUCUAGGGCGGGCAAUUCUCGACAAGGGGAAAAAGAAUCGAAGCCUUAGCAACCGAGAAAGAAAUAUUCUCGUCACCAUUAUUAUAGAAGAUAACCUUAAACAUGAAUUGCACAUGUCGCCCAAAGACUUCACAACGCAUGCAGAGGCUAUCCUUAGAUUGUUUCCGUCAGAAAACCCACUGAUGUAUUAUAAACCAAGACUUCGUAAAUCAGAGAAGAAGGACGACCAGACAACCCAAAAAAAUCCGUCAGGAAAGCUCUUCAACAAGUACAAAAACUUAAAGAGGAAGUAUUCUGUUAAGAAGACCAGUGAUUCUACAUCCAGCGAUGCAAUGGAAGUUUCACAAGUUUCAGAAACUGGAGACGAAAAUGCUUCAAAUAUUUUGAUGGAGCAGAUCCAAUGGUUGAAAGAAAACAAGGAACCUUGGCUAGAAGUAUUAGAAAAAUGGCAGGCAACUUCAGAGUGGAGACUAAGAGAGCAAUCUGUCUUCUCAUCACAAUAUUUCUUGGAUAUUUGUCCUGGAUUGAAAGACGAACGUGGGUUUGAAUUGAUCGAUAUUGACUUCUUCCAAAAAUUUCCUCAAUUGCAACAAAAGUCAAUGGAGAGCUUCAAAGACUUGCAAAAAAAACUGUCUCCGAUUUUCUCAAUUGAAAUCAAGGACAAAUACAACAAGAGCCUUUUCAAUAAACUUUCUGGCUGCAAUGAAGAUUCUCAGCUUUACAUCACGAGCAUGUUGAUAAACGCAAUCAUUCCUCCUGGUAACAUGCGUGGAAAUAAGAAAGUUUCUAUAAGUACUGCUCAGCACGAUAUGAUUGUCAGAUUGGAUGUUUCUGCCCAAAUUGAUUCAACAGUAAAGGAUUGUCAAAAAGAAGCAGCCAGUAAGGGAAGUCCUCAGAUGAAAAUUAUUGUUACAGGCGAAUUGGAGGAAUUGAAGGAAAGUUACGUAUGUUGUGGAGAGUUUUUGUUUAAGUUGCCUUCGUUUGCAAAGGCUUUGGAAGUUUACAUGAAAAUGAGCAUCUUUUUUGGAAUUGAAUAUUCUCGCAAAUGCAAGUAUGCUUGGGAGCUAUUGGAGGGCUUUUAUUUUGAAUUCAUGCCCUCGAGGUCUUAUGACCCAAAAGUUGAAAACAUUCUGAAACAGAUUCUUUAAUUCACAAACAUGCAUCUCUUGUGCUGUAUUAGCAUUUGCAAAAAACGAUUUCAAAAAGAUACUCAGUUAUUCAAUCACCUUCGAAAGCAUCAUAAGACUCCCGUUGAUUUUGAAUAUACUUGCAUGGACUCUAAAUGUGGUCAAAUUUAUCAAAACUAUUACAAUUACCGAUCACAUAUUCAAAAGCACAACCAACAGACAGCAAAACUCUCAAAACAAAAAUCUGAUAUAUCCACUAUAAAAAAUACAUAUGAUUCAAACCAGUCUACAUCAGGCCCCCAAAAAUUGACUAAAGAAAAUAUUUUUGAAGAAAAUGAUAAUUAUUCAUACCUCUCCGCAUCUUCGUCAUUGAGUAAUAUAUCAGAAUUUUUUUUCGAUACUCCCAUGGAAAUGGAUAAUGAUGUUGAAGCCAGUCAAUCCAUAUUGACACAGUCCGAUUCCAAUUUAUUUACUAUCACACCAAAUGCAAAUAGAGAAGAAUCCGAAACACGAUCUGGAUUGCAAAAUUCCUUAUUAAGGUUCUCAUUGUCACUACAGUCAAAGCCUAAUAUUACAAGAAAGAAUGUGAUAGAUAUCCAAAAGGAAGUAAGAGAAAAUGUGAUUAAACCAAUUGUAACCGAUUUCAAAUCAUUCCUUCAAUUUUUACCGGAAAAUAAGCAAGCAGAAUUUAGGUCUUGCCUUGAUGAAAUUGAAAAUGCAGCUGAAAUCACUAAAACUGAAUACAGAUUAACAAAAUAUAUGGAAAGACAGUUACUUUUUAAAAAACCAAUUCAUUUUUUUUCAAACAAUGAAAUAGCUGAAGAAGUGAUAAUUGCGCGUUCAUUAGAUUUGACUAAGUUUCAGGGUAGUUUACAUGAUAUGAGUUUUCAGUUGAAAAGAUUUUUCGAAUGUGGUGAUAAUCUAAAAAUAACUUUAAAUAAUAUUGAAACACUAAAAACGGGCCCAAUUUUAAGUCAUUUUAUAAACGCGUUUUAUUGGAAUAGAAAAUGUCAACAUUUUGGAAAUAAAAUAGUUUUACCCAUAUUUCUUUAUGCCGACAGCUUUGAAAUCAAUAAUAAUCAGGGACCCCAUAGUGAACAAGUAUGCGGAAUAUAUUAUAGCAUCCCGGUCAUUCCCAAUUAUUGUCUCAGUUCAGAAAAGAAUAUCUUUGUAGCAGGAUUCAUAAAAGCAAAAGACUUGUCAUCUUUCGGUAAUCACAUUGGCUUGUCAAAACUUAUUGAAAUGUUAAACCAUUUAGAAGAGGAGGGAAUACUGAUACAAACUAAGACACAAUCCACACGCAUUUAUUUUUCUCUUGGACAAGUAUUAGGCGACAACUUAGCUCUAAAAGAACUACUGGGAUUUUCAAAGUCAUUUAACAUUAAUAUGCUUUGCAGAUUUUGUUUAAUGAAUAAAGGGGAAACCCAAACAGCAACAAGAGAAAUUCCUAGUAAACUGAGAGAUCGCUCCAAUUACAAUGAAUGUAUACAAGAAGAUACUUUAAAAGAAUCAGGGAUCCGAGAAAAUUCUGUAUUUAAUUCGCUAAAUUCUUUUCAUGUUACGGAUAACAUUUCAAAUGAUAUUAUGCAUGACUUGUACCUAGGUGUCUGUAAAUACGAUCUUUGCCAUGUACUUAACUAUUUCAUUUUCGAAAAAAAGUAUUUUACACUGGAUGAGCUCAAUGAUCGAAAACAGAACUUUCCAUAUGGAACUUAUUUUUCCAAUAACAAAAGUAGCCCAAUUCGAAAGAACGAUAUUACGAAGAAAAAUCUGAAAAUGAAUGCAGCCGAAGUCAAGACCUUUACACACUUCAUAUUGUUAAUGAUUGGUAAUUUCGUUAAGGCAUCAGAUCCAGUUCACAAAUUUUUAGUUGUCUUGAUUAAAAUAUUAGACAUUGUUCAUCUUUCUAAAUUUGAUGAGGUUACACUUGAUAAAUUGGCCAACCUGAUCGCUGAUCAUAACCAAAUGUACAUUGACUUAUUUAAUGAUACUCUUAAACCGAAGCACCAUCAUCUUUUGCAUUAUGUCAAUAUUAUUAAAAAUUCUGGUCCACUCACAGCUCUGUGGUGCUUCCGAUUCGAAGCAAAACAUCAAGUGUUUAAGAAGUAUGCGCAAAGUGUAACGUCAAGAAUAAACAUAUGUUAUACAUUGGCCAUAAAAACCGGAAUGAUUUUUGCAAAUUCUCUUUUAAAUAAUGAUUUUUUUCAUUUGGAAAUAAAUUAUGAAAAUCAUCUAAAAGUCACUACAAAAGCACAGAACUAUUAUGAUUAUUUGCCAUACAGUGUAAGAGAUAUAUGCGAAAUUCAGACCAUAAGGAAACUGUCUUAUAAAAAUUUAAAAUUCGACGUUUACAAUUAUAUUUCACACGAAAACAAAAUAUUCAGAAUUGAAGAAAUGAUAAUGGAAACUGGCAAGCCUCUAUUAAUUACACGUCAAAUCAGAGUAUUUUUUUCACAAAAAUAUCAAUCAUAUAAAUAUUUAAGUGAUUAUGAAGGAUUUAAAAUUGUUUAUCCUGAUGAAAUUCAAAAUUAUUCAACAGAAGAAGUGAAAUUAAAUGAUGAAAUUUAUAUAAGAUUUAUACAAAAUUAAUUAGUAUAAAUAGUUAUUAGUUUUAAGUUUGUAAAAAUAAAUGUUGAAUGAAAAA